GAGAGGAGAACAGACAGCCAUCAGGGGGAAAAACUGAAAGUUCGCGCAAGACGCAGGACCACCACAGGACAGACCUGUAGACAAAUUUUAUAUGCCCAAGCUGUCUCUUGAGCCACUUUUCUGUCAUUUUGUAAUCUUUCUGUUUCACUGUCUAAAGACACAUUUUAUAUCGGAAAGGACUGUAACAACCAUGGAGCUGUAUUGCCUCGAAGCGGACACCAUUGUAAGAGCCCGUCCCGACCCAAAUCUUCUGUGUGAUGACAGGGUGCUACAGAGCUUGCUGACCAUUGAAGAGAGGUUUCUUCCCCAGUGCUCUUAUUUCAAAUGUGUACAGAAAGAUAUUCAGCCCUUUAUGCGAAGGAUGGUAGCUACCUGGAUGCUGGAGGUCUGUGAGGAACAAAAAUGCGAGGAAGAAGUUUUUCCACUGGCUAUGAACUACUUGGACAGAUUUUUAGCAGUGGUACCAACUAGAAAGUGUAACCUGCAGUUGCUUGGCGCCGUGUGCAUGUUUCUAGCGUCCAAACUGAAGGAGACGCGUCCCUUAACUGCAGAGAAGUUGUGUAUCUACACAGAUAACUCCAUCAGACCGCACGAACUCCUGGAGUGGGAGCUGGUGGUUCUGGGUAAGUUGAAGUGGAACCUGGCUGCUGUCACCCCAAACGACUUCAUUGAGCACAUAGUGAAGAAGCUGCCUCUUCCCGAGGACAAGUUGGACCUGAUCCGCAAGCACGUGCAGACCUUCAUCGCUCUGUGCGCCACAGACUUCAACUUUGCCAUGUAUCCUCCGUCCAUGAUCGCCACGGGCAGCGUGGGAGCGGCCAUCUGCGGCCUCCAGCUCAACAGCACCGACCACUCGCUGUGGGGUGACAGCCUCAUGGAACUGCUCGCCAAGAUCACAAACACAGAAGUUGAUGUCCUGAAGGCCUGUCAGGAGCAGAUCGAGCGUGUGCUGGUGAGCAGCCUGCAGGAAGGCCGACGGCUGCAGCACAAACAGCAGCAGCAGGACCAGGGCGGCCCGCACAGCAAAACCCUGGAUGGCCAGGACCAGUCCAGCACCCCGACCGACGUGCGGGACGUCAACCUUCUAUGGUAUGUCUAUACCUCAAGUUUACUGGACAAAAGAAAACCAAUCUCUCAAUACCUCACAACUCACAACAGUUUUUUGCGAGCCAGUGAAGGACAGCAUGUGAUAAAGAUUCUGAUGGGGGACUUUUAACAGUCUCGUAUUAAUGGAUAUCACGGGGCUCCUACUUGGACUUCAACCAAUCAUAGUGGAUGGAGUGGGAAGACAAAAAAACCCCUUCAUUCCUGAGCUAAAGACAUAAUAUCUUUGUGUGCAAAAUUAUUCUGAAGUGUUUUAAAUUGUCUGUGAAUCAAGCUGGGCUUGUCUAUACUCAUGAAUCUUGACUUCUCUGGAAGGCCCACAUACUGUGACAGUGUGUAGGACUUUCACCUCUUGUUUUGAGUCACACUUUGCCCGGAACACACCAGGUGUGCAGAUGUUAUUUGACCAUCCAAUUGUUGAAGGUGAUGCCCUGAGAAUAAUACAGAUCUCACCACCAUAUUGAUUUUCUGUGAGUUACUCAUUCGGUAUUUCAUUGUCAAAAUUGAUAAUUUGGAUUGUGUCUCCUCCGUCCACUAUGACCAUAUCAUGUACCUCAGUUAUGUCUGUUGCACAAUCCUCUGUUCAAUAAAUAUCUGCUUCAAAGUGUG